CCUUUCAGGAGCGUCCCGCAGCGUAGCUGAGCGGAGCUCUGCGUGAACCACAGCAAGCUGCUUGCCGUGUUAGAAAGAAAAAAAACUGUCGUUUAACUACCUGAUAUUGUCUCUCCCUCGUGUUUGACCCGUUGACUCAACAUUUGUUAUUAACAAGAAGCAAGCGGCGAGUGUCUGGUUAUAAAGUGAGCAUGGAUUCGCUCAAACCUCCUUCCGUUUUCCACGUUUUCCUCUGGUUACCAGUCGCACUGGCUCUCGUGGAGGAGCCGACCAACGUGACCCUGCAGUGCCACAAUAUGCACAACAUCGUGCGGUGGAGUUACCCGCGCCUCUUGCCAGGGCUUCGAUUCAGAGUGGACAUCCUUUCAUAUUCGGGUCCUGCUGAUGCAGUUUGGGUGGACCCACCAGCUCUACAAGCCAACGUCUCUUCUCUCUCUGAUCCAGACAAUGAAUAUUUCCUUACUGUAACUGCAGUCAUUGGUCAGAAUGAGUCGGUGUCGGCGCCUCCCGACGGAAUCACUUUCAGCUACUUCAUGGAUUCUCCCACAACUCAGAAAUGUUAUCUGGACCUCCCACCAGUGAACAUCACUGCCCGACCGGACGACAUUAUUGCAUUCAGCUUCACACAUCCUUGGCUUUUUUACCACCCGGCGAUGCCCAGCAGCCAAAUCUCAAGACCCAGAAAUAAGAGACGCCAUUAUGCACAGAGGGAGCUGCCUCUGUUUAAUUAUGGUGUUGUCAUCAUCAGCCAGAAGCAGCCACACCAUUUCAGGUGUGCGAAGAGUGUGUGUAAGCAGGAGAUCCCAGUGGAACGUGCACGAGAGGAACACUGUCUGAACAUCACGGGAGAGAUGCAGAAAAUCGCUGUUAAAUCCACACAGUUGUACUGCACCGGGCCAUUUUCAGAAACGUCAGAAAAGCAACAUGAGCAAAAGAAUUAUGUCAUCUACAUCGUGGUCAGCUUGCUGUCCGUGAGUGUGGUCGCCUUCAUCCUUUUCCUGGUGUACAAAAAGAUGACCAGCCCCAGAAGUGCUAAUGCGACAUCUAUAACGAUCCACAGAACCAGGCCGAACACCACGGCAGCAGUUGAGGAAAUCACUGUGGUUCGAGUGGAGCCUUCCUCUCCCACACCUCUACUGUCACACCACUAUCACGACAGCGGUUUCACACUCGCCGACGGUGGUUCAACGGAGCCCGAUGUCCUGCGUCUGCCCAUCGGGGUGUCGACAAAUGGAGGCAUGCGCGAGCACGUAGAGACGGAGAGAGCGGAUGAUGAAGGAGAGGGUUACAGGGCAGGAGGCAACUUAGAUGAAGCGGAGACGGAGAGCUGCAGCGAGGCUCCUUCUGGCUACGAGAAGAGAGAAGUGUUGGUCGAGUUGGGUCCAAAUGACUCGGUGGAGGGCUACCGUGCCUGAGAAGAUGCACUUUCCUGGAGUGAGAAAUUAGAUUUGACGGUGACUCUUAAAGGAUGCAAAAGGGAUAUGUGGUUACACAUUUCAGGUGUUUUGUUUAUUUUGAUUUCACCUUUUCAUCAGUUACACAGUUUCUUAAAAAGUCAAGACAGAAAGAGCUACGUGGAUCCUUAGAGUAUUAGCAGGUCUGUUUUAUUUAACUUUUUUAUUCGACACAUAUUUGUGUGUCAACUCUCAACUUGCUAUUGUCGAUAAGUCUUCAUCAAAGAGACUUUAGAUCAGAUUGGCGUCUUUCUGGAGCGAGAGACGGAGGAAGACCGACAGGAAAUGGCCUUGUGUCAGACUCGGCACCAGGUGAUGCAGGGACCCCAAAAUAAGUGCGUUUAACUGUGAGAAUUAGGACUGAAUGAUUUUUGGGGGAAACUGCAAAGUGACAUUGUGUUUUGUUUUUUUUAAGUCAAGAUUUUAGUCCAUUGCUGUGUUACAAGUUGACAUCUUGACUGAGCAUCACCACAUGAGGUACCAUUAAAAUACUCAUUUUUACUAAUGCAAUGCAAGGGUGAUGAGUUAAAAGGUUGUUGUUUUUUAGGUUGCAGUUUGCCAAUUGCAAAAAAAAAAGUAUCAUUCAGGCCGAAUUGGAAUUGAAAUAUUUGAAAAAUAUUUGUCCAUAAAAUGGCAAUGACAAUACAAUCUGAAAAAAAACCGGUAUACAGUAUGUGUAUAUAUAGCAAAUAUUAAACAAAUGUCAUAAGAAAUAAAAAAAAUUCUAUUUUGUCCAACAUUUGGAUGAAAAAGUAGAGUUUUAAUGCACUUUAGUGGCAUUUAUCAAGUUUCUAAAACAUCUAUAAAUAAUUAUCAUAAUUAUCAGCAGACGCCAAAGGAAAAAUAUUUAUUUAAGAUGACAAGUAUUCUGUUGAUACUUUCUGUCGAAAAAGUAUCAACAGAGAAUCAAGAUGAAAUUAUGUUGAUUUUAAAUUUGGAUUAUAAAACUGACUUUAGAACGCAGACUGGCAUGUGUCUGACGGCCAAACCUCCUCACGUCCUCGACAAACAUCUCUGCAUGUUUUCUAACACUUUUAUUUAUCUAAUGAUUCCAUAGUGACGACAAAGAUCAUAGCUCUUUUGUUUAAUAAUUCCUAAAUCACCGCCCACUUCCUUAGAAGUGGGAUUUGGAACCAGCAAAAUCAAGUCAGCUCUUCCCAGAAAGAGGGAAAAGAAAGAGUUUGAACUAAAAUUGCUCCCACUGGAGCACUUUGACCUAAUUGUGCCGUCACGAGAGAGCGAAAAUCAGAGAACAGUGUCUUUGCUCUCACCACAAAUAUUCACACACACUUUGACUUCAAUUCUGCGGAGUCACCUGUUCCUUGACCCCGUUUCCGAUUAGAUUUAUAACCAUUCAGUCCGUGAACACUGUGCAGUUCAGUGACUGGACUGAGUGUGAAAGAAGGUAAAGAAGAGUGAUUUCUUUGUCCAUGAGGCUCACUGAUGCUUCAACUUUCAGGACUUUACUGCAAUGAAUCCUGCACACAGACUCGAAAGGACGUUGCUGUGUCUCGUUUAAUAAAAAUAACAAAACUUAACGUAUCAAACAAACACAUACUCUUUCACAACACACUUACUCUGCUGCACUCACUCUAGCAUUACUAUAUUCAUAACUUACAGAGAGGUUUAUUCCCAGUGGAAUUACAUUUCUUCUAAUUGCACUUUAAAAUAAUUGCUGAAUCACUAGUAGCACCUUAAAAAUACAGUCCAAUGUUUAUUAGAACGUCCUUAAAGUGCCGUUUCUUGAGAAUCCUGGUGUUAUCACUCAGGAGAACCAAUGCAAAGAAAGGUUAAGCCUGUCUUUGCCAACUGAAGUACUUUGUGUACACUUAAAGUAAUUUAAUACUUCUAGAAUGUUGACAAUAACUGCAUCCAUAUAAUAACAGAUCAUUGAAUCAUUGACACGUGUACUAGAACUUAGAAUGAGCUUAUUAUUAUUAUUAUUAGUUGAGUGUCUUUAUGCUCUGUAUGAUUGUGACUAAAAUGAGGUGAUGUAACAUGAUAUCUGCUCGUUCUACAUACAACAUUACCAUGUCAUUUUAGACAAUGUUUUGUUUUUGCAGUAAACGGACAAAAAAAACCAUCAAUCAAAUCCAUUUGUUUGACGUGUGUGAUGUGUGAGACUUGCGUCGCAUGUGGUAUUUUAUUUUCCUCACCCUCUGCUUCCUGUGUGUGGCCAUUCAUUAAUCCCUCUGUGCAAUGGUGAAUAACAAUAACCUUUUGUCGUGUUGUUGCACAAUCGGCAUAAUGUGUUUAAAAAAAAAAAAAAGAAUUGGUGACGUCCAAUGGUGAAACUGCAGAUUGUAGCACUUGAGGAACUAUUGUGGCCUUUACCAACAAGUAGGGCUGAACGAUUUUUGACAGGAACUGCGAAGAGGAAAUGCUCAUUUCUGCAUCGUCAUUCUCAUUUUCAAAUGAUGACUGUGUGACGUUUGUGCAGAUCUGUGAGAAAUCAAACAUGUUCUCUUCCGUCUGUAGAAUAAGACGUGUAUUGCUCGAGACAAUUAUUUAAUUAUAUGAUUUCGAUAAAAUGACAUUGAAUCGGGGCCACACGGUGGUGU